AAUGUACUUCGUUCAGUUACGUAUUGCUCUAAGCCUAAGCCUAAGCCUAAGCCUAAGCCUAAGCCUGAGCCUCAGCUCCUCUAAGCCUAAGCCUAAGCCUAAGCCUAAGCCUAAGCCUAAGCCUAAGCCUAAGCCUAAGCCUAAGCCUAAGCCUAAGCCUAAGCCUAAGCCUAAGCCUAAGCCUAAGCCUAAGCCUAAGCCUAAGCCUAAGCCUAAGCCUAAGCCUACAAGCCUAAGCCUAAGCCUAAGCCUAAGCCUAAGCCUAAGCCCUAAGCCAGCCUAAGCCUACAGCGCUCCUGAACCUAAAGCCAUAAAGCCUAAAGCCAAGCCACAAAGCCUCAAGCCUCAGCCUCAGUCCCUAAGCUGAGCCUGAGCUCUAAAGCAAACCUGAAUUAAGCCUAAGCCCUCAGCCUAAGCCGUAAGCCUAGCCUAAGCCUAAAGCCUAAGCCUAGAGCCCACAAAGCCUAAAGCCUAAGCCUAAAGCCUAAGCCUACAGCCUCAGCCUAAGCCUAAGCCUAAGCCUAAGCCUAAGCCUAAGCCUAAGCCUAAGCCUAAGCCUAAGCCUAAGCCUAAGCCCCUAAGCCUAAGCCUAAGCCUAAGCCUAAGCCUAAGCCUAAGCCUAAGCCUAAGCCUAAGCCUAAGCCUAAGCCUAAGCCUAAGCCUAAGCCUAAGCCUAAGCCUAAGCCUAAGCCUAAGCCUAAGCCUAAGCCUAAGCCUAAGCCUAAGCCUAAGCCUAAGCCUAAGCCUAAGCCUAAGCCUAAGCCUAAGCCUAAGCCUAAGCCUAAGCCUAAGCCUAAGCCUAAGCCUAAGCCUAAGCCUAAGCCUAAGCCUAAGCCUAAGCCUAAGCCUAAGCCUAAGCCUAAGCCUAAGCCUAAGCCUAAGCCUAAGCCUAAGCCUAAGCCUAAGCCUAAGCCUAAGCCUAAGCCUAAGCCUAAGCCUAAGCCUAAGCCUAAGCCUAAGCCUAAGCCUAAGCCUAAGCCUAAGCCUAAGCCUAAGCCUAAGCCUAAGCCUAAGCCUAAGCCUAAGCCUAAGCCUAAGCCUAAGCCUAAGCCUAAGCCUAAGCCUAAGCCUAAGCCUAAGCCUAAGCCUAAGCCUAAGCCUAAGCCUAAGCCUAAGCCUAAGCCUAAGCCUAAGCCUAAGCCUAAGCCUAAGCCUAAGCCUAAGCCUAAGCCUAAGCCUAAGCCUAAGCCUAAGCCUAAGCCUAAGCCUAAGCCUAAGCCUAAGCCUAAGCCUAAGCCUAAGCCUAAGCCUAAGCCUAAGCCUAAGCCUAAGCCUAAGCCUAAGCCUAAGCCUAAGCCUAAGCCUAAGCCUAAGCCUAAGCCUAAGCCUAAGCCUAAGCCUAAGCCUAAGCCUAAGCCUAAGCCUAAGCCUAAGCCUAAGCCUAAGCCUAAGCCUAAGCCUAAGCCUAAGCCUAAGCCUAAGCCUAAGCCUAAGCCUAAGCCUAAGCCUAAGCCUAAGCCUAAGCCUAAGCCUAAGCCUAAGCCUAAGCCUAAGCCUAAGCCUAAGCCUAAGCCUAAGCCUAAGCCUAAGCCUAAGCCUAAGCCUAAGCCUAAGCCUAAGCCUAAGCCUAAGCCUAAGCCUAAGCCUAAGCCUAAGCCUAAGCCUAAGCCUAAGCCUAAGCCUAAGCCUAAGCCUAAGCCUAAGCCUAAGCCUAAGCCUAAGCCUAAGCCUAAGCCUAAGCCUAAGCCUAAGCCUAAGCCUAAGCCUAAGCCUAAGCCUAAGCCUAAGCCUAAGCCUAAGCCUAAGCCUAAGCCUAAGCCUAAGCCUAAGCCUAAGCCUAAGCCUAAGCCUAAGCCUAAGCCUAAGCCUAAGCCUAAGCCUAAGCCUAAGCCUAAGCCUAAGCCUAAGCCUAAGCCUAAGCCUAAGCCUAAGCCUAAGCCUAAGCCUAAGCCUAAGCCUAAGCCUAAGCCUAAGCCUAAGCCUAAGCCUAAGCCUAAGCCUAAGCCUAAGCCUAAGCCUAAGCCUAAGCCUAAGCCUAAGCCUAAGCCUAAGCCUAAGCCUAAGCCUAAGCCUAAGCCUAAGCCUAAGCCUAAGCCUAAGCCUAAGCCUAAGCCUAAGCCUAAGCCUAAGCCUAAGCCUAAGCCUAAGCCUAAGCCUAAGCCUAAGCCUAAGCCUAAGCCUAAGCCUAAGCCUAAGCCUAAGCCUAAGCCUAAGCCUAAGCCUAAGCCUAAGCCUAAGCCUAAGCCUAAGCCUAAGCCUAAGCCUAAGCCUAAGCCUAAGCCUAAGCCUAAGCCUAAGCCUAAGCCUAAGCCUAAGCCUAAGCCUAAGCCUAAGCCUAAGCCUAAGCCUAAGCCUAAGCCUAAGCCUAAGCCUAAGCCUAAGCCUAAGCCUAAGCCUAAGCCUAAGCCUAAGCCUAAGCCUAAGCCUAAGCCUAAGCCUAAGCCUAAGCCUAAGCCUAAGCCUAAGCCUAAGCCUAAGCCUAAGCCUAAGCCUAAGCCUAAGCCUAAGCCUAAGCCUAAGCCUAAGCCUAAGCCUAAGCCUAAGCCUAAGCCUAAGCCUAAGCCUAAGCCUAAGCCUAAGCCUAAGCCUAAGCCUAAGCCUAAGCCUAAGCCUAAGCCUAAGCCUAAGCCUAAGCCUAAGCCUAAGCCUAAGCCUAAGCCUAAGCCUAAGCCUAAGCCUAAGCCUAAGCCUAAGCCUAAGCCUAAGCCUAAGCCUAAGCCUAAGCCUAAGCCUAAGCCUAAGCCUAAGCCUAAGCCUAAGCCUAAGCCUAAGCCUAAGCCUAAGCCUAAGCCUAAGCCUAAGCCUAAGCCUAAGCCUAAGCCUAAGCCUAAGCCUAAGCCUAAGCCUAAGCCUAAGCCUAAGCCUAAGCCUAAGCCUAAGCCUAAGCCUAAGCCUAAGCCUAAGCCUAAGCCUAAGCCUAAGCCUAAGCCUAAGCCUAAGCCUAAGCCUAAGCCUAAGCCUAAGCCUAAGCCUAAGCCUAAGCCUAAGCCUAAGCCUAAGCCUAAGCCUAAGCCUAAGCCUAAGCCUAAGCCUAAGCCUAAGCCUAAGCCUAAGCCUAAGCCUAAGCCUAAGCCUAAGCCUAAGCCUAAGCCUAAGCCUAAGCCUAAGCCUAAGCCUAAGCCUAAGCCUAAGCCUAAGCCUAAGCCUAAGCCUAAGCCUAAGCCUAAGCCUAAGCCUAAGCCUAAGCCUAAGCCUAAGCCUAAGCCUAAGCCUAAGCCUAAGCCUAAGCCUAAGCCUAAGCCUAAGCCUAAGCCUAAGCCUAAGCCUAAGCCUAAGCCUAAGCCUAAGCCUAAGCCUAAGCCUAAGCCUAAGCCUAAGCCUAAGCCUAAGCCUAAGCCUAAGCCUAAGCCUAAGCCUAAGCCUAAGCCUAAGCCUAAGCCUAAGCCUAAGCCUAAGCCUAAGCCUAAGCCUAAGCCUAAGCCUAAGCCUAAGCCUAAGCCUAAGCCUAAGCCUAAGCCUAAGCCUAAGCCUAAGCCUAAGCCUAAGCCUAAGCCUAAGCCUAAGCCUAAGCCUAAGCCUAAGCCUAAGCCUAAGCCUAAGCCUAAGCCUAAGCCUAAGCCUAAGCCUAAGCCUAAGCCUAAGCCUAAGCCUAAGCCUAAGCCUAAGCCUAAGCCUAAGCCUAAGCCUAAGCCUAAGCCUAAGCCUAAGCCUAAGCCUAAGCCUAAGCCUAAGCCUAAGCCUAAGCCUAAGCCUAAGCCUAAGCCUAAGCCUAAGCCUAAGCCUAAGCCUAAGCCUAAGCCUAAGCCUAAGCCUAAGCCUAAGCCUAAGCCUAAGCCUAAGCCUAAGCCUAAGCCUAAGCCUAAGCCUAAGCCUAAGCCUAAGCCUAAGCCUAAGCCUAAGCCUAAGCCUAAGCCUAAGCCUAAGCCUAAGCCUAAGCCUAAGCCUAAGCCUAAGCCUAAGCCUAAGCCUAAGCCUAAGCCUAAGCCUAAGCCUAAGCCUAAGCCUAAGCCUAAGCCUAAGCCUAAGCCUAAGCCUAAGCCUAAGCCUAAGCCUAAGCCUAAGCCUAAGCCUAAGCCUAAGCCUAAGCCUAAGCCUAAGCCUAAGCCUAAGCCUAAGCCUAAGCCUAAGCCUAAGCCUAAGCCUAAGCCUAAGCCUAAGCCUAAGCCUAAGCCUAAGCCUAAGCCUAAGCCUAAGCCUAAGCCUAAGCCUAAGCCUAAGCCUAAGCCUAAGCCUAAGCCUAAGCCUAAGCCUAAGCCUAAGCCUAAGCCUAAGCCUAAGCCUAAGCCUAAGCCUAAGCCUAAGCCUAAGCCUAAGCCUAAGCCUAAGCCUAAGCCUAAGCCUAAGCCUAAGCCUAAGCCUAAGCCUAAGCCUAAGCCUAAGCCUAAGCCUAAGCCUAAGCCUAAGCCUAAGCCUAAGCCUAAGCCUAAGCCUAAGCCUAAGCCUAAGCCUAAGCCUAAGCCUAAGCCUAAGCCUAAGCCUAAGCCUAAGCCUAAGCCUAAGCCUAAGCCUAAGCCUAAGCCUAAGCCUAAGCCUAAGCCUAAGCCUAAGCCUAAGCCUAAGCCUAAGCCUAAGCCUAAGCCUAAGCCUAAGCCUAAGCCUAAGCCUAAGCCUAAGCCUAAGCCUAAGCCUAAGCCUAAGCCUAAGCCUAAGCCUAAGCCUAAGCCUAAGCCUAAGCCUAAGCCUAAGCCUAAGCCUAAGCCUAAGCCUAAGCCUAAGCCUAAGCCUAAGCCUAAGCCUAAGCCUAAGCCUAAGCCUAAGCCUAAGCCUAAGCCUAAGCCUAAGCCUAAGCCUAAGCCUAAGCCUAAGCCUAAGCCUAAGCCUAAGCCUAAGCCUAAGCCUAAGCCUAAGCCUAAGCCUAAGCCUAAGCCUAAGCCUAAGCCUAAGCCUAAGCCUAAGCCUAAGCCUAAGCCUAAGCCUAAGCCUAAGCCUAAGCCUAAGCCUAAGCCUAAGCCUAAGCCUAAGCCUAAGCCUAAGCCUAAGCCUAAGCCUAAGCCUAAGCCUAAGCCUAAGCCUAAGCCUAAGCCUAAGCCUAAGCCUAAGCCUAAGCCUAAGCCUAAGCCUAAGCCUAAGCCUAAGCCUAAGCCUAAGCCUAAGCCUAAGCCUAAGCCUAAGCCUAAGCCUAAGCCUAAGCCUAAGCCUAAGCCUAAGCCUAAGCCUAAGCCUAAGCCUAAGCCUAAGCCUAAGCCUAAGCCUAAGCCUAAGCCUAAGCCUAAGCCUAAGCCUAAGCCUAAGCCUAAGCCUAAGCCUAAGCCUAAGCCUAAGCCUAAGCCUAAGCCUAAGCCUAAGCCUAAGCCUAAGCCUAAGCCUAAGCCUAAGCCUAAGCCUAAGCCUAAGCCUAAGCCUAAGCCUAAGCCUAAGCCUAAGCCUAAGCCUAAGCCUAAGCCUAAGCCUAAGCCUAAGCCUAAGCCUAAGCCUAAGCCUAAGCCUAAGCCUAAGCCUAAGCCUAAGCCUAAGCCUAAGCCUAAGCCUAAGCCUAAGCCUAAGCCUAAGCCUAAGCCUAAGCCUAAGCCUAAGCCUAAGCCUAAGCCUAAGCCUAAGCCUAAGCCUAAGCCUAAGCCUAAGCCUAAGCCUAAGCCUAAGCCUAAGCCUAAGCCUAAGCCUAAGCCUAAGCCUAAGCCUAAGCCUAAGCCUAAGCCUAAGCCUAAGCCUAAGCCUAAGCCUAAGCCUAAGCCUAAGCCUAAGCCUAAGCCUAAGCCUAAGCCUAAGCCUAAGCCUAAGCCUAAGCCUAAGCCUAAGCCUAAGCCUAAGCCUAAGCCUAAGCCUAAGCCUAAGCCUAAGCCUAAGCCUAAGCCUAAGCCUAAGCCUAAGCCUAAGCCUAAGCCUAAGCCUAAGCCUAAGCCUAAGCCUAAGCCUAAGCCUAAGCCUAAGCCUAAGCCUAAGCCUAAGCCUAAGCCUAAGCCUAAGCCUAAGCCUAAGCCUAAGCCUAAGCCUAAGCCUAAGCCUAAGCCUAAGCCUAAGCCUAAGCCUAAGCCUAAGCCUAAGCCUAAGCCUAAGCCUAAGCCUAAGCCUAAGCCUAAGCCUAAGCCUAAGCCUAAGCCUAAGCCUAAGCCUAAGCCUAAGCCUAAGCCUAAGCCUAAGCCUAAGCCUAAGCCUAAGCCUAAGCCUAAGCCUAAGCCUAAGCCUAAGCCUAAGCCUAAGCCUAAGCCUAAGCCUAAGCCUAAGCCUAAGCCUAAGCCUAAGCCUAAGCCUAAGCCUAAGCCUAAGCCUAAGCCUAAGCCUAAGCCUAAGCCUAAGCCUAAGCCUAAGCCUAAGCCUAAGCCUAAGCCUAAGCCUAAGCCUAAGCCUAAGCCUAAGCCUAAGCCUAAGCCUAAGCCUAAGCCUAAGCCUAAGCCUAAGCCUAAGCCUAAGCCUAAGCCUAAGCCUAAGCCUAAGCCUAAGCCUAAGCCUAAGCCUAAGCCUAAGCCUAAGCCUAAGCCUAAGCCUAAGCCUAAGCCUAAGCCUAAGCCUAAGCCUAAGCCUAAGCCUAAGCCUAAGCCUAAGCCUAAGCCUAAGCCUAAGCCUAAGCCUAAGCCUAAGCCUAAGCCUAAGCCUAAGCCUAAGCCUAAGCCUAAGCCUAAGCCUAAGCCUAAGCCUAAGCCUAAGCCUAAGCCUAAGCCUAAGCCUAAGCCUAAGCCUAAGCCUAAGCCUAAGCCUAAGCCUAAGCCUAAGCCUAAGCCUAAGCCUAAGCCUAAGCCUAAGCCUAAGCCUAAGCCUAAGCCUAAGCCUAAGCCUAAGCCUAAGCCUAAGCCUAAGCCUAAGCCUAAGCCUAAGCCUAAGCCUAAGCCUAAGCCUAAGCCUAAGCCUAAGCCUAAGCCUAAGCCUAAGCCUAAGCCUAAGCCUAAGCCUAAGCCUAAGCCUAAGCCUAAGCCUAAGCCUAAGCCUAAGCCUAAGCCUAAGCCUAAGCCUAAGCCUAAGCCUAAGCCUAAGCCUAAGCCUAAGCCUAAGCCUAAGCCUAAGCCUAAGCCUAAGCCUAAGCCUAAGCCUAAGCCUAAGCCUAAGCCUAAGCCUAAGCCUAAGCCUAAGCCUAAGCCUAAGCCUAAGCCUAAGCCUAAGCCUAAGCCUAAGCCUAAGCCUAAGCCUAAGCCUAAGCCUAAGCCUAAGCCUAAGCCUAAGCCUAAGCCUAAGCCUAAGCCUAAGCCUAAGCCUAAGCCUAAGCCUAAGCCUAAGCCUAAGCCUAAGCCUAAGCCUAAGCCUAAGCCUAAGCCUAAGCCUAAGCCUAAGCCUAAGCCUAAGCCUAAGCCUAAGCCUAAGCCUAAGCCUAAGCCUAAGCCUAAGCCUAAGCCUAAGCCUAAGCCUAAGCCUAAGCCUAAGCCUAAGCCUAAGCCUAAGCCUAAGCCUAAGCCUAAGCCUAAGCCUAAGCCUAAGCCUAAGCCUAAGCCUAAGCCUAAGCCUAAGCCUAAGCCUAAGCCUAAGCCUAAGCCUAAGCCUAAGCCUAAGCCUAAGCCUAAGCCUAAGCCUAAGCCUAAGCCUAAGCCUAAGCCUAAGCCUAAGCCUAAGCCUAAGCCUAAGCCUAAGCCUAAGCCUAAGCCUAAGCCUAAGCCUAAGCCUAAGCCUAAGCCUAAGCCUAAGCCUAAGCCUAAGCCUAAGCCUAAGCCUAAGCCUAAGCCUAAGCCUAAGCCUAAGCCUAAGCCUAAGCCUAAGCCUAAGCCUAAGCCUAAGCCUAAGCCUAAGCCUAAGCCUAAGCCUAAGCCUAAGCCUAAGCCUAAGCCUAAGCCUAAGCCUAAGCCUAAGCCUAAGCCUAAGCCUAAGCCUAAGCCUAAGCCUAAGCCUAAGCCUAAGCCUAAGCCUAAGCCUAAGCCUAAGCCUAAGCCUAAGCCUAAGCCUAAGCCUAAGCCUAAGCCUAAGCCUAAGCCUAAGCCUAAGCCUAAGCCUAAGCCUAAGCCUAAGCCUAAGCCUAAGCCUAAGCCUAAGCCUAAGCCUAAGCCUAAGCCUAAGCCUAAGCCUAAGCCUAAGCCUAAGCCUAAGCCUAAGCCUAAGCCUAAGCCUAAGCCUAAGCCUAAGCCUAAGCCUAAGCCUAAGCCUAAGCCUAAGCCUAAGCCUAAGCCUAAGCCUAAGCCUAAGCCUAAGCCUAAGCCUAAGCCUAAGCCUAAGCCUAAGCCUAAGCCUAAGCCUAAGCCUAAGCCUAAGCCUAAGCCUAAGCCUAAGCCUAAGCCUAAGCCUAAGCCUAAGCCUAAGCCUAAGCCUAAGCCUAAGCCUAAGCCUAAGCCUAAGCCUAAGCCUAAGCCUAAGCCUAAGCCUAAGCCUAAGCCUAAGCCUAAGCCUAAGCCUAAGCCUAAGCCUAAGCCUAAGCCUAAGCCUAAGCCUAAGCCUAAGCCUAAGCCUAAGCCUAAGCCUAAGCCUAAGCCUAAGCCUAAGCCUAAGCCUAAGCCUAAGCCUAAGCCUAAGCCUAAGCCUAAGCCUAAGCCUAAGCCUAAGCCUAAGCCUAAGCCUAAGCCUAAGCCUAAGCCUAAGCCUAAGCCUAAGCCUAAGCCUAAGCCUAAGCCUAAGCCUAAGCCUAAGCCUAAGCCUAAGCCUAAGCCUAAGCCUAAGCCUAAGCCUAAGCCUAAGCCUAAGCCUAAGCCUAAGCCUAAGCCUAAGCCUAAGCCUAAGCCUAAGCCUAAGCCUAAGCCUAAGCCUAAGCCUAAGCCUAAGCCUAAGCCUAAGCCUAAGCCUAAGCCUAAGCCUAAGCCUAAGCCUAAGCCUAAGCCUAAGCCUAAGCCUAAGCCUAAGCCUAAGCCUAAGCCUAAGCCUAAGCCUAAGCCUAAGCCUAAGCCUAAGCCUAAGCCUAAGCCUAAGCCUAAGCCUAAGCCUAAGCCUAAGCCUAAGCCUAAGCCUAAGCCUAAGCCUAAGCCUAAGCCUAAGCCUAAGCCUAAGCCUAAGCCUAAGCCUAAGCCUAAGCCUAAGCCUAAGCCUAAGCCUAAGCCUAAGCCUAAGCCUAAGCCUAAGCCUAAGCCUAAGCCUAAGCCUAAGCCUAAGCCUAAGCCUAAGCCUAAGCCUAAGCCUAAGCCUAAGCCUAAGCCUAAGCCUAAGCCUAAGCCUAAGCCUAAGCCUAAGCCUAAGCCUAAGCCUAAGCCUAAGCCUAAGCCUAAGCCUAAGCCUAAGCCUAAGCCUAAGCCUAAGCCUAAGCCUAAGCCUAAGCCUAAGCCUAAGCCUAAGCCUAAGCCUAAGCCUAAGCCUAAGCCUAAGCCUAAGCCUAAGCCUAAGCCUAAGCCUAAGCCUAAGCCUAAGCCUAAGCCUAAGCCUAAGCCUAAGCCUAAGCCUAAGCCUAAGCCUAAGCCUAAGCCUAAGCCUAAGCCUAAGCCUAAGCCUAAGCCUAAGCCUAAGCCUAAGCCUAAGCCUAAGCCUAAGCCUAAGCCUAAGCCUAAGCCUAAGCCUAAGCCUAAGCCUAAGCCUAAGCCUAAGCCUAAGCCUAAGCCUAAGCCUAAGCCUAAGCCUAAGCCUAAGCCUAAGCCUAAGCCUAAGCCUAAGCCUAAGCCUAAGCCUAAGCCUAAGCCUAAGCCUAAGCCUAAGCCUAAGCCUAAGCCUAAGCCUAAGCCUAAGCCUAAGCCUAAGCCUAAGCCUAAGCCUAAGCCUAAGCCUAAGCCUAAGCCUAAGCCUAAGCCUAAGCCUAAGCCUAAGCCUAAGCCUAAGCCUAAGCCUAAGCCUAAGCCUAAGCCUAAGCCUAAGCCUAAGCCUAAGCCUAAGCCUAAGCCUAAGCCUAAGCCUAAGCCUAAGCCUAAGCCUAAGCCUAAGCCUAAGCCUAAGCCUAAGCCUAAGCCUAAGCCUAAGCCUAAGCCUAAGCCUAAGCCUAAGCCUAAGCCUAAGCCUAAGCCUAAGCCUAAGCCUAAGCCUAAGCCUAAGCCUAAGCCUAAGCCUAAGCCUAAGCCUAAGCCUAAGCCUAAGCCUAAGCCUAAGCCUAAGCCUAAGCCUAAGCCUAAGCCUAAGCCUAAGCCUAAGCCUAAGCCUAAGCCUAAGCCUAAGCCUAAGCCUAAGCCUAAGCCUAAGCCUAAGCCUAAGCCUAAGCCUAAGCCUAAGCCUAAGCCUAAGCCUAAGCCUAAGCCUAAGCCUAAGCCUAAGCCUAAGCCUAAGCCUAAGCCUAAGCCUAAGCCUAAGCCUAAGCCUAAGCCUAAGCCUAAGCCUAAGCCUAAGCCUAAGCCUAAGCCUAAGCCUAAGCCUAAGCCUAAGCCUAAGCCUAAGCCUAAGCCUAAGCCUAAGCCUAAGCCUAAGCCUAAGCCUAAGCCUAAGCCUAAGCCUAAGCCUAAGCCUAAGCCUAAGCCUAAGCCUAAGCCUAAGCCUAAGCCUAAGCCUAAGCCUAAGCCUAAGCCUAAGCCUAAGCCUAAGCCUAAGCCUAAGCCUAAGCCUAAGCCUAAGCCUAAGCCUAAGCCUAAGCCUAAGCCUAAGCCUAAGCCUAAGCCUAAGCCUAAGCCUAAGCCUAAGCCUAAGCCUAAGCCUAAGCCUAAGCCUAAGCCUAAGCCUAAGCCUAAGCCUAAGCCUAAGCCUAAGCCUAAGCCUAAGCCUAAGCCUAAGCCUAAGCCUAAGCCUAAGCCUAAGCCUAAGCCUAAGCCUAAGCCUAAGCCUAAGCCUAAGCCUAAGCCUAAGCCUAAGCCUAAGCCUAAGCCUAAGCCUAAGCCUAAGCCUAAGCCUAAGCCUAAGCCUAAGCCUAAGCCUAAGCCUAAGCCUAAGCCUAAGCCUAAGCCUAAGCCUAAGCCUAAGCCUAAGCCUAAGCCUAAGCCUAAGCCUAAGCCUAAGCCUAAGCCUAAGCCUAAGCCUAAGCCUAAGCCUAAGCCUAAGCCUAAGCCUAAGCCUAAGCCUAAGCCUAAGCCUAAGCCUAAGCCUAAGCCUAAGCCUAAGCCUAAGCCUAAGCCUAAGCCUAAGCCUAAGCCUAAGCCUAAGCCUAAGCCUAAGCCUAAGCCUAAGCCUAAGCCUAAGCCUAAGCCUAAGCCUAAGCCUAAGCCUAAGCCUAAGCCUAAGCCUAAGCCUAAGCCUAAGCCUAAGCCUAAGCCUAAGCCUAAGCCUAAGCCUAAGCCUAAGCCUAAGCCUAAGCCUAAGCCUAAGCCUAAGCCUAAGCCUAAGCCUAAGCCUAAGCCUAAGCCUAAGCCUAAGCCUAAGCCUAAGCCUAAGCCUAAGCCUAAGCCUAAGCCUAAGCCUAAGCCUAAGCCUAAGCCUAAGCCUAAGCCUAAGCCUAAGCCUAAGCCUAAGCCUAAGCCUAAGCCUAAGCCUAAGCCUAAGCCUAAGCCUAAGCCUAAGCCUAAGCCUAAGCCUAAGCCUAAGCCUAAGCCUAAGCCUAAGCCUAAGCCUAAGCCUAAGCCUAAGCCUAAGCCUAAGCCUAAGCCUAAGCCUAAGCCUAAGCCUAAGCCUAAGCCUAAGCCUAAGCCUAAGCCUAAGCCUAAGCCUAAGCCUAAGCCUAAGCCUAAGCCUAAGCCUAAGCCUAAGCCUAAGCCUAAGCCUAAGCCUAAGCCUAAGCCUAAGCCUAAGCCUAAGCCUAAGCCUAAGCCUAAGCCUAAGCCUAAGCCUAAGCCUAAGCCUAAGCCUAAGCCUAAGCCUAAGCCUAAGCCUAAGCCUAAGCCUAAGCCUAAGCCUAAGCCUAAGCCUAAGCCUAAGCCUAAGCCUAAGCCUAAGCCUAAGCCUAAGCCUAAGCCUAAGCCUAAGCCUAAGCCUAAGCCUAAGCCUAAGCCUAAGCCUAAGCCUAAGCCUAAGCCUAAGCCUAAGCCUAAGCCUAAGCCUAAGCCUAAGCCUAAGCCUAAGCCUAAGCCUAAGCCUAAGCCUAAGCCUAAGCCUAAGCCUAAGCCUAAGCCUAAGCCUAAGCCUAAGCCUAAGCCUAAGCCUAAGCCUAAGCCUAAGCCUAAGCCUAAGCCUAAGCCUAAGCCUAAGCCUAAGCCUAAGCCUAAGCCUAAGCCUAAGCCUAAGCCUAAGCCUAAGCCUAAGCCUAAGCCUAAGCCUAAGCCUAAGCCUAAGCCUAAGCCUAAGCCUAAGCCUAAGCCUAAGCCUAAGCCUAAGCCUAAGCCUAAGCCUAAGCCUAAGCCUAAGCCUAAGCCUAAGCCUAAGCCUAAGCCUAAGCCUAAGCCUAAGCCUAAGCCUAAGCCUAAGCCUAAGCCUAAGCCUAAGCCUAAGCCUAAGCCUAAGCCUAAGCCUAAGCCUAAGCCUAAGCCUAAGCCUAAGCCUAAGCCUAAGCCUAAGCCUAAGCCUAAGCCUAAGCCUAAGCCUAAGCCUAAGCCUAAGCCUAAGCCUAAGCCUAAGCCUAAGCCUAAGCCUAAGCCUAAGCCUAAGCCUAAGCCUAAGCCUAAGCCUAAGCCUAAGCCUAAGCCUAAGCCUAAGCCUAAGCCUAAGCCUAAGCCUAAGCCUAAGCCUAAGCCUAAGCCUAAGCCUAAGCCUAAGCCUAAGCCUAAGCCUAAGCCUAAGCCUAAGCCUAAGCCUAAGCCUAAGCCUAAGCCUAAGCCUAAGCCUAAGCCUAAGCCUAAGCCUAAGCCUAAGCCUAAGCCUAAGCCUAAGCCUAAGCCUAAGCCUAAGCCUAAGCCUAAGCCUAAGCCUAAGCCUAAGCCUAAGCCUAAGCCUAAGCCUAAGCCUAAGCCUAAGCCUAAGCCUAAGCCUAAGCCUAAGCCUAAGCCUAAGCCUAAGCCUAAGCCUAAGCCUAAGCCUAAGCCUAAGCCUAAGCCUAAGCCUAAGCCUAAGCCUAAGCCUAAGCCUAAGCCUAAGCCUAAGCCUAAGCCUAAGCCUAAGCCUAAGCCUAAGCCUAAGCCUAAGCCUAAGCCUAAGCCUAAGCCUAAGCCUAAGCCUAAGCCUAAGCCUAAGCCUAAGCCUAAGCCUAAGCCUAAGCCUAAGCCUAAGCCUAAGCCUAAGCCUAAGCCUAAGCCUAAGCCUAAGCCUAAGCCUAAGCCUAAGCCUAAGCCUAAGCCUAAGCCUAAGCCUAAGCCUAAGCCUAAGCCUAAGCCUAAGCCUAAGCCUAAGCCUAAGCCUAAGCCUAAGCCUAAGCCUAAGCCUAAGCCUAAGCCUAAGCCUAAGCCUAAGCCUAAGCCUAAGCCUAAGCCUAAGCCUAAGCCUAAGCCUAAGCCUAAGCCUAAGCCUAAGCCUAAGCCUAAGCCUAAGCCUAAGCCUAAGCCUAAGCCUAAGCCUAAGCCUAAGCCUAAGCCUAAGCCUAAGCCUAAGCCUAAGCCUAAGCCUAAGCCUAAGCCUAAGCCUAAGCCUAAGCCUAAGCCUAAGCCUAAGCCUAAGCCUAAGCCUAAGCCUAAGCCUAAGCCUAAGCCUAAGCCUAAGCCUAAGCCUAAGCCUAAGCCUAAGCCUAAGCCUAAGCCUAAGCCUAAGCCUAAGCCUAAGCCUAAGCCUAAGCCUAAGCCUAAGCCUAAGCCUAAGCCUAAGCCUAAGCCUAAGCCUAAGCCUAAGCCUAAGCCUAAGCCUAAGCCUAAGCCUAAGCCUAAGCCUAAGCCUAAGCCUAAGCCUAAGCCUAAGCCUAAGCCUAAGCCUAAGCCUAAGCCUAAGCCUAAGCCUAAGCCUAAGCCUAAGCCUAAGCCUAAGCCUAAGCCUAAGCCUAAGCCUAAGCCUAAGCCUAAGCCUAAGCCUAAGCCUAAGCCUAAGCCUAAGCCUAAGCCUAAGCCUAAGCCUAAGCCUAAGCCUAAGCCUAAGCCUAAGCCUAAGCCUAAGCCUAAGCCUAAGCCUAAGCCUAAGCCUAAGCCUAAGCCUAAGCCUAAGCCUAAGCCUAAGCCUAAGCCUAAGCCUAAGCCUAAGCCUAAGCCUAAGCCUAAGCCUAAGCCUAAGCCUAAGCCUAAGCCUAAGCCUAAGCCUAAGCCUAAGCCUAAGCCUAAGCCUAAGCCUAAGCCUAAGCCUAAGCCUAAGCCUAAGCCUAAGCCUAAGCCUAAGCCUAAGCCUAAGCCUAAGCCUAAGCCUAAGCCUAAGCCUAAGCCUAAGCCUAAGCCUAAGCCUAAGCCUAAGCCUAAGCCUAAGCCUAAGCCUAAGCCUAAGCCUAAGCCUAAGCCUAAGCCUAAGCCUAAGCCUAAGCCUAAGCCUAAGCCUAAGCCUAAGCCUAAGCCUAAGCCUAAGCCUAAGCCUAAGCCUAAGCCUAAGCCUAAGCCUAAGCCUAAGCCUAAGCCUAAGCCUAAGCCUAAGCCUAAGCCUAAGCCUAAGCCUAAGCCUAAGCCUAAGCCUAAGCCUAAGCCUAAGCCUAAGCCUAAGCCUAAGCCUAAGCCUAAGCCUAAGCCUAAGCCUAAGCCUAAGCCUAAGCCUAAGCCUAAGCCUAAGCCUAAGCCUAAGCCUAAGCCUAAGCCUAAGCCUAAGCCUAAGCCUAAGCCUAAGCCUAAGCCUAAGCCUAAGCCUAAGCCUAAGCCUAAGCCUAAGCCUAAGCCUAAGCCUAAGCCUAAGCCUAAGCCUAAGCCUAAGCCUAAGCCUAAGCCUAAGCCUAAGCCUAAGCCUAAGCCUAAGCCUAAGCCUAAGCCUAAGCCUAAGCCUAAGCCUAAGCCUAAGCCUAAGCCUAAGCCUAAGCCUAAGCCUAAGCCUAAGCCUAAGCCUAAGCCUAAGCCUAAGCCUAAGCCUAAGCCUAAGCCUAAGCCUAAGCCUAAGCCUAAGCCUAAGCCUAAGCCUAAGCCUAAGCCUAAGCCUAAGCCUAAGCCUAAGCCUAAGCCUAAGCCUAAGCCUAAGCCUAAGCCUAAGCCUAAGCCUAAGCCUAAGCCUAAGCCUAAGCCUAAGCCUAAGCCUAAGCCUAAGCCUAAGCCUAAGCCUAAGCCUAAGCCUAAGCCUAAGCCUAAGCCUAAGCCUAAGCCUAAGCCUAAGCCUAAGCCUAAGCCUAAGCCUAAGCCUAAGCCUAAGCCUAAGCCUAAGCCUAAGCCUAAGCCUAAGCCUAAGCCUAAGCCUAAGCCUAAGCCUAAGCCUAAGCCUAAGCCUAAGCCUAAGCCUAAGCCUAAGCCUAAGCCUAAGCCUAAGCCUAAGCCUAAGCCUAAGCCUAAGCCUAAGCCUAAGCCUAAGCCUAAGCCUAAGCCUAAGCCUAAGCCUAAGCCUAAGCCUAAGCCUAAGCCUAAGCCUAAGCCUAAGCCUAAGCCUAAGCCUAAGCCUAAGCCUAAGCCUAAGCCUAAGCCUAAGCCUAAGCCUAAGCCUAAGCCUAAGCCUAAGCCUAAGCCUAAGCCUAAGCCUAAGCCUAAGCCUAAGCCUAAGCCUAAGCCUAAGCCUAAGCCUAAGCCUAAGCCUAAGCCUAAGCCUAAGCCUAAGCCUAAGCCUAAGCCUAAGCCUAAGCCUAAGCCUAAGCCUAAGCCUAAGCCUAAGCCUAAGCCUAAGCCUAAGCCUAAGCCUAAGCCUAAGCCUAAGCCUAAGCCUAAGCCUAAGCCUAAGCCUAAGCCUAAGCCUAAGCCUAAGCCUAAGCCUAAGCCUAAGCCUAAGCCUAAGCCUAAGCCUAAGCCUAAGCCUAAGCCUAAGCCUAAGCCUAAGCCUAAGCCUAAGCCUAAGCCUAAGCCUAAGCCUAAGCCUAAGCCUAAGCCUAAGCCUAAGCCUAAGCCUAAGCCUAAGCCUAAGCCUAAGCCUAAGCCUAAGCCUAAGCCUAAGCCUAAGCCUAAGCCUAAGCCUAAGCCUAAGCCUAAGCCUAAGCCUAAGCCUAAGCCUAAGCCUAAGCCUAAGCCUAAGCCUAAGCCUAAGCCUAAGCCUAAGCCUAAGCCUAAGCCUAAGCCUAAGCCUAAGCCUAAGCCUAAGCCUAAGCCUAAGCCUAAGCCUAAGCCUAAGCCUAAGCCUAAGCCUAAGCCUAAGCCUAAGCCUAAGCCUAAGCCUAAGCCUAAGCCUAAGCCUAAGCCUAAGCCUAAGCCUAAGCCUAAGCCUAAGCCUAAGCCUAAGCCUAAGCCUAAGCCUAAGCCUAAGCCUAAGCCUAAGCCUAAGCCUAAGCCUAAGCCUAAGCCUAAGCCUAAGCCUAAGCCUAAGCCUAAGCCUAAGCCUAAGCCUAAGCCUAAGCCUAAGCCUAAGCCUAAGCCUAAGCCUAAGCCUAAGCCUAAGCCUAAGCCUAAGCCUAAGCCUAAGCCUAAGCCUUAUAAAGAACUUUUUUGUAGUAUUCGAUCGUAUAUUCAGCAUGUAUAA